GUUGUACCAGAAGACAGAUGAUCAUAACGGUGAGAGGAUCUCGUCCACCCGAACGUCCGUCUGUCAGCUUGUGUUGUCCGUGUUGUGAGUGUCGCCAUGGCUCAGAUUGAAGGAGAAUUCGGUCCUCAGGGAGAUUUCUCAUCCCUUGGACUGGCUGUACAGUCUCAUAAAGAAUAUGAGUUUUCUUCGAGACAAAGUGAAUGUGAUAUCAAGUUCAAAUCAACCAAGCCUGUGAAGUUCACUCAAAAGUUGGUCAACGCCAAAGACGAGGAAAACGACCUCUCCAAUUACGUCUUCAGCCAACGGUACGAUGAUAGUUUGCACUUUUGCCUCCAUUUUCCCGAGUCGGGAGUGUACAAAUUUCAAGUGUUCGCCCUUCCCGGAGACACCAAGGAGAGCUCUUUGCCCAACGUCUUCAACUACAAGAUCAACGUCGAGGGCAUCUGCCACGCCGUCCACUCUUUCCCUAAACAGUACGCGCAAUGGAAAGACGGCUGUUCCCUCGUAGAACCAACUGUCCUUAACUCCAAUUGCUCACUGACGGCGGUCAAGUUCAAGGUCAACAUCCCCAAUGCCAAGGCCGCCGCCGUAGUGAUUAACGGAUCCGAUUGGAAGCAUUUGGAAAAAUCCGGCAGUUCCUUUACAGGAACAUAUGACCUUCACAAGCUGAGAAAUUCUGGUGCCAAGAUCACCCUGAACGCCAACUUUGAUGAAGGAUCAGGGUCGUAUCCAACCCUCCUGGAGUACAAGCUCUAAAAUGUUCAUCUUUGUCAUAACCUCUUCAUAAGGACGUAUCACAAGACGCUUCUUUAUGGAACUGCUAUCAUACUGUUCUGUACUGUUUACAUGACUCUCCACGUGGUUCUCUUGUAUCGAUACUUAUUGGAUGGCGUACUCUCAAAGAUAGAACGGAUUUUACCAGCAGAUCUUCAGUUGUCAGCAGUAGUUUCUCCCUUGCGCUGUGUGUGGCUCUACUCACCGUUCUGUUCACUCCAUUUUCUCAGGCGGAAGGAUCUCAAAAAGAACUGUUUAUUUAGCAUCACACAACAAAUAGUCCAUCGACAAGUGCCCAGCUCUUGGGGCGGAAAAACACCGAAAUUCUGACGUUAAGUUGUUUUCCGUGGCUUCACCUCAAGAUGGAUAACAGUGGGGUCGUGGACUGUUUUUGUGUUGAGGAUCCGAAAUUAGACUGUCGUUAUCCGUGGUGAAUUAGUGACGUCAUACCCAGGUUUUCUCUCGGGUGUGAUAUCUGUUUUGUCUGUUUCUGGCAUGUUUGGAUAUUAAUGUUGUAAUUAAUUACCAAAUACACCAACUUUCUUUUUUUAUUUCAAAGAGCUUCAUGUAUUAUCUGUUUUUUAUUAUAUCAAUAAAGUUUUUAAAAAUG